UGUACCAUAGCGUUUCCAUGUACGGAAAAAAUAUUCGCCCGCCCUUCUACGAUAUCGAUCUCGUCACGUUUUAUUUUGAUUGCAUAACACGAAUCUGUGUUGAUGUUGGGCUGACCUGUCUACCCGAAACUGGAAACUUGGCAAAACCAAUGAAUUUUGCAAAAAUGUUAUCACCUUUAAAGCAUCCCGGAAGGCUAUGUACUUGUUUACAUUAUCUACGGAUUCGACAUUUCGGAAUUUCAGCUCCUGCAAGGACAAAAGCUUCAAGGGAAAGAAGUAUUCCUCAGAGGUACAUCGGACAACCUACCUCCUACACCCACAGGCACCUGUUGAGAGAUGACGAGAUCACUCCAGGUAUAACCUCACAGGAGUUCAGGAGUCGAAGACAGUAUCUUAUGUCGGCCAUCAAGAAAUCAAUGUAUGGUGAUUGCCCCAACCAUGUUGCUGUUAUCUUAGCAACAGACACCAAGUUCAUGACCGACGAGAUUCCCUAUCCAUUCCGCCAGAAUACAGACUUCUUGUAUCUUUGUGGUUUCCAGGAACCUUCAAGUGCCUUGGUCCUGGAGAGCAUUCCAGGGAGUUCUCUUCCAGAUCAUAAGGCAACUCUCUUCGUACCCCAGCGAGAUGCUGAUAGAGAACUAUGGGAUGGCCCAAGAGCAGGGGUUGAUGGAGCAAUUAGUUUCAUUGGAGUUGACAACGCCAAUGUGAUCAGUGACUUGAGCGAGUACUUAGAUCAGUAUGCCUCCAGGGACAAGCUUGUUGUUUGGUAUGAUGUCUUCAGGAAUGUCAACAGUCAGUUGCACAAAGAGGUUGUUGGUAAUCUGGUGACUCCUUGCAGGAACAAGGGCCACACUGUGAACAUACUUCAGCAGCUUGUGCACUCUAUCCGUGUCAUCAAGUCUCCUGCAGAGAUCAAACUGAUGUGCGAGUCUUGCAGCAUUGCUUCUCAGGCCUUCAUUGAUGUGAUGCGCUUCACAAAACCAAACGUAGACGAAGCCCAUCUGUAUGCAAAAAUGGACUUUGAGGUGAGACUGGAUGGAGCAGAGUUCCUAGCUUAUCCCCCUGUUGUUGCAGGAGGGAACCGGGCUAAUACAUUGCAUUAUGUGAAGAACAAUCAGAUUGUUGAAGAUGGAGACAUGGUAUUGAUGGAUGCUGGCUGCGAGUACCAUGGUUAUGCCAGUGAUAUCACUAGAACAUGGCCAGUCAAUGGAAGGUACUCUGAUGCCCAAGCUAGUGUUUACCAGUCAGUUCUAGAUGUUCAACAGGAGUGUUUGAACAUGUGUGAGGUGGGAACGACACUAGACCAGAUCUAUCAUCGUAUGCUGGAUGGACUGGGCCAGAAACUCCAGGAUCUAGGCAUUGUGCCAAGAUCAAUGAAUAAUGCAGAGCUUAUAAGGGCAGCCAAGAAAUACUGUCCUCAUCAUGUUGGACACUACUUAGGGAUGGACACGCAUGACACCCCUCGGGUAUCCCGUAGCAACCAGCUGCAGGCAGGGAUGGUCAUCACGAUUGAACCAGGACUCUACCUUCCUGCAAACAACAAUGACAUACCUCAAGAGCUGAGAGGGAUCGGUAUCAGGAUUGAAGAUGAUGUCUUGAUCAGAGAGGGCGCUGCAGAGGUCCUUACUGCUGAAUGCCCAAAGGAAAUGUCCCAAAUAGAAAGUAUAAUGAGUGGGAAUUCAUGACAUAGUAAAUCGUGAAUUGGAUUAAUGAGCAAUUAUGAAACAGUACUAUGUGAAUAAUAGUUGACUUUAAAUUUUCAAAAUAUAUACAUACUGUUCUCCAAUUAUUCAUUAUUUCCAGUAGAGAAAGAGCAUGUUGAAUAGGAGACUGCCACCAUAUAUAUGUAAUUUUAAGGUAUUUUCUUUCUCCUGGAAAUAAUAUGAAUUUGAAAACAUGUAAAUUUAAAGCUUGUUUUUGUUAGGUUGCUUUAAGUUUGCCUUUUUAACAUCAUGCAAAAUGAAAUUGGAUUCAAAGUAUGCUUAUUCAUUGAUAAUGGUCUUACCUAAUUUCUCAGGAAAAGAGCAACAAUAACCUUUAAUAAAAAUUAUGAGGGAAUUCAGAUAAGAGCACACUUUUGAUGUUUCUGUUUAAUAUCUUUUAGAAAUCAAGGAUUUGUCCUUGGCACUUAAAGAUUUGUUUGGGGUUUUUUUUCAUGAAGAAAGAAAAUGAACUCCAUUGAAUAGUAUUCUUCAUUUUAAUUUUCCACCUAGAAUCAUUUUGGAUAAAUCAAUCAAUGAUACAUUAUGAUUUACCCAUCGAUCAAAGUCUAUGCACAAAAUAUGUUUUCACCUUGGAAAAUGAUAAUCGUAAUUGAUUGUGAAUGUGAUAUUAAUCUGAUGUUUCUACAUUGAAGGGUAUUUUUGGAAUUAAAAGAAAUUUAGGUCUUUGCAAGUUAAAUCAACUUCCAGGAAUGUCAGGGAAAUUCAGAAAUUAGAAUGUACAGAUUUUUUAUUUGUGACAAUUUUAGUAUUAAUGAGGUAUAUAGAAGUACUUAUGCUUAUUGCUUGCAUUAUUGAUUUUGUCCCUAGAAAAAGUCUUUAAAUUCAUUGAAUUCUGAUCACUGCGUCUUCUUCAGGCUUGCUGUGUAAUUGUCCACAGUUUGUUUAAAAAUGAAUUUGCAUAUUACAGGAAUUCUGCUGACCCUGGGAAAUUUUGGAUUCAUUUUUAGAUUUUCUUUUUUAGCUGUGGAAACACUAUCAAUUUCAAAGAUAUGUCCAAACUCACAUCAAAAUGGAUAUAUUUCAGCUAUUACUAGAUUUGUACUAGUUUCUUCCUAGAAAGAUAAACAGAUUUCACUGCGAUUUGUGGAGUGUUGUGGCCCAGUACACAAGGAGCACAUGGGCAUGAGUGUGAUGGUACAAGAUUUCGCAUUAGGUGAAAUAAAGAUGCUCUGUUCAACGAGGCAUAUACCCGAGUUGAAUAGAAUUGGCAAGGCAUCAAUCCACACUUUGCCACUCUUCACCCAGGUGCUAAUUGGUUACUGGGGAGGAUGUGAAAGCCUAUGUAGUAUGCCAAGCAAUUGCAUUUUGUAAACUCUUGUUGAAAUGCUUCCCAGGGAGCAGAGAAAGUGCAUACAUUAUAUGCGGGCAAGCCAAGGUCUGAUGACUAGGUUUAUAUCUGUAAAGCACUUAGAGUCAUCAUUUUGAUGUAUCAACACAGAAUUUAUCUAUUUUACAAUACCUUAGCUCUUGCAUGAGUGGCUGGCUGUAACUAUAUCUUGAGGCCCAUAGACAAGAGUCCUAAAGAAAGAUUCUCAACAAAUGCAUGUUUAGUCUUAUGUCAGAUCUAUAAAGUCUGCAUGUGCUAUAUGUUUUGUAUCAUAAGCCAUUUUAUAGAAUGUAAAAUUUGAAGGCUUUACAUAUAAUUCAUCAUUAAUGUUGUGUAAUUUUUAAAGAUUCAAUUGUGAUUUCAUAUUCACAAUUGUUUAGAGGAAUGGGAAUAGUGCAAUUGAAAAAAUCACCGAAUUGAAAAUCCCAUCGAUUACGGCACAAACGAGACUAAAUAUGAAUGAGACUUUGUGGGAAAGGGGAAUCGGCUUUAAAGAACAAACAAACUGUGAUAUUAAAUAAAUUCUCAGAUAUCAAUAGCAGGAUGCUUAGUAUCAACACAGCAGUCAAGUGAUUAAAUUUAUGGAAUGAAAGUAAAAAAAAUAUGUUAACUGUACUUCAACGCAUUAUUAUGUGUCUCGAUUGUUAUAUAAUUCUUGCUACUUUACCUUAGAAUAAGAUGCAUUUCAUUUUAUUUUUUUAUUUUACUGAGACAUAAUUAAAGACUUAAAUGAGUAUGAA